CACGGGAAAAAAUCGUCUGCUCCUCGCACAUCAUAACCAUGUUUCGUCCACCACAAAACCUACUCUUUAACUGAUCGAGACGACGCCGUCGCCUGCCGUCUCUGUUGUCGCGAAAUUUGAUCGGAGAUCACGUGAAGUUCAUAGUCAGUUGUCUAGUGGAACUGGUUUCAUGUAGCAUUUGGGAGUAAACAUUGAUUGAAGUGGAAAAGCUGAAAAUGGCACUGUAGAUUUUCUUUACAACUGGUUUGUUUCUCGGAUAUCUGCUUAUCUGUUUUCAUUCUCCUGUAGUGGAAGUUUGGAAACUUACCUCUGUCUUUCCAGGACAAGGGUUAUUGGAUGCCAAAGGGUGGCGGACACCUAGGUGAUGGAGAAACAGUUUUUAGUAACUCCUCUAGAAUUGAAGCGAAGCGCACCCAUCAGUGGUUGUCUGAUGCUGCUGAUCAUGAGGUUUUUUCCACUAAAAAGCAAGCUGUUCAUGUUCCAGUUAGCAAGCAAAUUCCAGGAGUCCCCAUGACAAGUCUUGCUUGGGAGAAUGCUUCUGGAUUCCAAUCGGCACCAAACCAAUUCAUUGAUCGGUUAUUUGGUCCUGAUACAACCAGGUCGGCCAAUUUAUCAAGUCGAAACGUCUCUCAACUCGAUGUGGAAAACUCCAAUAUGAGAAAAAAAGUCAUAGAUGACCAACUUGGGGGUGACACAUCAGUUGGUUUGUCAAUGUCUUAUCCUUUACAAGAUCCAGAAACUUGUGUCAGCUAUGGUGGAAUUAGAAAAGUUAAAGUCAAUCAGGUUAAGGACUCUGAAAUUGGUUUGCAGGCAGCACAGGAACACAAUAUUGGUGUGUCCUUGGAUCGGGCAUAUAACAGGGAUACUGAAACAGCUUUUGUGUCUAUGGCCCAAGCUUUUGGUAAGGAAGCUGAGAGUGUUACCUUGAUGGGUCAUUCUCAUAGUAGGGUGGAAGUGAAUAUGAAACCUCUGGACUCUACCUUUCCAAAAGGUGAUGAUAGUGCAAUGUCACUCACCCACUCCUUCAGUAAGGGGGAUUCUAGUACGAUAUCCUUUGGUGGCUGUCAAGAUGAGCCGUAUAUGGAUGUUCUUGCUAGGCCUGUUAAUAGUAGCUAUGACUUGUUGUAUAAUCAGUCUUCCCUUCAAACAGCAGAAAUAAUUGGUGCAAGGGAUUUGGAAGCACCAAUUGCAGUUGCAAGUACCUCGCAAACGCCCAAAGGAAAGCCUGAUUCAGUCACCAAAAAUAAGUCAGAAAUGAAACCGACCAGAAAAGAAGCUCCGAAUAGUUUUCCUUCAAAUGUUAGAAGUUUGAUAGCAACUGGAAUGCUUGAUGGGGUGCCUGUAAGAUAUAUAUCUGUAUCACGAGAGGAGCUUCGUGGUACUAUAAAAGGUUCUGGGUAUCUUUGUGGUUGUCAGUCAUGUGACUACUCCAAGGCUCUUAAUGCUUAUGAGUUUGAGCGUCAUGCCGGUCAUAAGACAAAGCACCCAAACAAUCACAUAUACUUCGAGAAUGGAAAAACUAUAUAUCAGAUUGUCCAAGAGUUAAGGAACACCCCGGAGAGUUCGUUAUUUGAUGCCAUUCAGAAUGUGACUGGUUCCCCAAUUAAUCAAAAAGCCUUUCGCAUCUGGAAAGAGUCAUUCCAAGCAGCAACCCGUGAGCUUCAGCGCAUAUAUGGAAAGGAGGAACUUAAUCUAUGAUAAAGAAUGGCAACCCAACUGCUGCCCAUUUCAAAUGUGAAAUAGGAUAUCGUUUCUUGUGUGCAUAGAGGUAAAUACUUAGAUAUGUGGUGAAAUAGGACUCGGGCUCGUUCUCGUUUUGCUGUAAUUUGCUGCUGCAGUUGGAAUGUCACAGUUUGUUAAUCUUCCAACAUGCGAAGUCGAAUGGAGGCAAUAUAACUGCCACAAUAUGUAUAGUAUUCUGAAUAUUAUUUUUGGCAUAUUGAAGUCUCUCUUUCUAGA